GCUGCACUCGGUGGGACUUCCUCGGGGUGAAAAAGAAGGAAAUAACUAGGCGAUAGUCUUGCUUUCUAACUGUGGUUCGUAACAGAAAUGUAGGUUUUCAGAAUUAGGCUAAUCCUGGAACCGGAGCUUCACUUUAAUCUAACCCAAUCUAAUAAAGCUGUAAGGAUGUCAAUGCUCAAGAUCUUGUUUUUUAUUGGCAACAAUUGGUAAUCCUGGUCAUUCGUAUAAUGGCGGAUUGCGAGCAGAAGUCUGUUCUUUCGAUAUCAAUAGUUGCGGAGAUUCCCUUGAUGUUGGUCAAUGACAAAUGCUUUCUGGACUAGCAAAUAGAAUUCAGAAGCAUUUUCGUCCGGGUACAAGCAAGAAGCUAAGUGAAUGCUUAAUAGCGUUAAAUGGGGAAGAAACCGGGUGCAUCGUGCUUGCAUGCAGCUCGUGGUUUAAUUUCCAGCGGGUGGUAAAUCAACGUGAUUCUCGUGUUUUACAAUUAAACCGUUGACACGCGAAUAAUGGCCCAAUUUUCACUUUGUGGGGAGUAAACGAUUUGAGGUUCAAAGAUUUGCAAAGAAAUUCAGCUACCAUUAAAUAUCAGCUGUUGAAGGCGCAAGUGGCGCGAUGGAUGGGCGCGGAAAAGGAAACUCCGAUUCUUGUAAAGUAAGUAAAACCAACGACGAUGUGCGGCGUGCCAUCGACGGUUCAAAGGAAACUCCUGACGAGGAUCUGCAAGAGUUUCUGGAUGACGAGGAUUUCAUGGAGGGAUUGGACGUCGUCGAUGCAUGGAACGGCGAAGAAGAGAAGGGCAGAGAGAAGGAAGCACGCAGGAGUCGAGGCAGGGAUCGGGAGUACCGAAGAUCGUCUAGGGAUCAUCAUCGACGCGAACGAAGAGGGUCAUAUACUCGGGAGCGGUCGAGGCGAGAAGACAAGAAGAGGGAGGAACUACGUCGGGAUCCGAGCAAGAGUACAAAAGACAUCGAAAGGGACAAGUUGCGGACGAAGAAGGACUCGGAGAGUAAAAUGCUAGCGGAAAAGGAGAAGGCCAUCAAGCAUCUGCUGGACUCGGACAACGUCGUUCCGCCGGGUACCGAAGCCGAGGCCAUUCAGGACAUCGCCGAGAAGCAGAAUCAGGAAAGGAACUUGACGCGUCUCAGAAGAAGCCGAGAGCGUCGUAGAAGCUUGGAGCGACGCAAACCGAGUCCAGGUCGCCGUAGAAGCACCGAGAGACUUAGGCUAAGUCCCUUGCGCCAUAGAAGUCCACUGAUUCUCAGCCCCGACCAUCGUAGAACUGCCCUUAAAUUAAGUUCCGAACGACACAGAAGCCCUAUUAGAUUAAGCAUCGAAAGAAGAAGGAGCCCGCUGAAUCUUCACGGAAGCCCCCUGCUGCCGAGCCCGGAGCGGCGUCGAAGUCCUCGCAGGCUGAGUUCCGAACGUUCCAGGAGGUUAAGUUGGGAGCGCAGAGCGAGCUUGGAAAGAAGGUGGAGCGCGGAGCGGCACAGAAGACGACUCGAACAGCACGAACGCGAAAUUAAGCUUAUGAGCCGAAGGAGCCGAUCUCGCGAUCGCCACCGAAGCCGCAGCUUGGACCGCCACCGACGAAGGCACAGCCGCUCGUCGGUGGAUAAACGAUUCAGCCCUAGGCGUCGAACUCGCAGUCGAAGCAAAUCGGUGGAUCGGCGGGCCCGGAAGCGAUCGCCCUUCAUCAACGAAAUCGCCCGGCAGUUCAGGAACGAGGCGGCCGCGCCAGGCCCAACGAAUUCGGGAUACCCAGGUUCGACGAUGGCAGGAAUUCCGCCGCUGAUGGGUCUGUCGAUGCCGUACCAGCAGGAGUCGGACCCGGGACCGCCACCUCCGAUGUACCUACACCACCAGCAAGGACCACCGGGACCCGGAGGACCGCCGGCGCCGCCACCGGGACCGCCGGGACCGCCGGGACCGCCGGGACCGCCCGGGCCACCCAGCGGGGUCCAGCUCCCGGGAGGACCUCCGGCUUUCCUAAACUACGAGUCCCGACCCCCCCAAUCGCAGAUGAAUUUCGAACCGAUGCCUUUGCACCCCGUACCUCCGCAACCCGACUACUCGGCAGGCCCGGUAAUGUACAAUCAGCCGAACCCCGGCCACGUGCAGCCGUCGCACCGGCCGCCCCUCCUUCCGCUCCCGGUCCUCUCGCCCCAGCCCGUGCCUGCUCCCGUCCCGCCCGACCACGGGAACCAGCCGAUGCCCUACAACCAGCCGCGCUGCCUCUCCAACGUCCAAAUGACUCCGAACCAGCCGACUCCCGCGAGCUCGCACGCCUACAAGGAACGUCGGACGACCAGUCCCUACAAUGGGUUGCAGGCUCGCCAUAAAGAGCGUCUGAGGACGCCCGAGCCGCCAGUGAUCUCGGAUUCAAAACCCUUCGAAAAGACCAGCUUGUCCAGUCUGCUGGAGGCAUCGGUAUCCGCCAAAGAUUCGACUGGUCUACCGGUCUCGUACCCAGGAUUCAAGCUGGAAAUACUUCGACAUUGCGAACACGCGUUGCGAGAUCUGCCGAUGGAAGAUCCGCGUUUAAAGAUGAAGGGCCGAUUCUUCUUCGACCCGACGAAGGAGCGCUCCAAGACCGCGAGCACCGAGUGCUCGUCGAACUCCAUCCUCCUGAGGGCAGGGAAGAACAAGCUGUCCUGGAACGACGAGGAGGAGAAGCAGCCCGUGGCCGCGAAGGUGGGCUCUAACGUUCACCAGAAGAUCUGUCAGACGGACGAAGUGGAGACGGAGUCGAGGGCCGUGCAGGCGAGCGUGGUGACCGUCGACGCGAGCGUGCAAGUCCACCCAAUGGACAUCCAGCAGGCGACGAGGGAGGAGAAGAGGCCCAUCAUGGACCGACUGGACUGGGACAUGCGGGAGACCUUCGACUACGCUCCGAAGGCUCGGGAAGCCGACGACCUCAGGUGGAGCCUGAGCAGCUCCCAGAAGCGAGCUUGGGGAAGGUCGGGGUCGCCGGGCAGGGGAUUCGAGGACCGCGGCCACGCCGCUCUCCCGGACACCGUCCCGACGCCGGACCACGGCUCGCGGACCCUGCACCUGGGCUCGCCGACGCGCCGGGACGGCUUCUCCGCUCGCAGGGGGUCCGUCCGCGAGCGCCUUCUGCGGGACGAGUACUCCCCGGGGACGUAUCGGCACGCGAUGGAGGAGCCCGACGACUACCGCGACGAGAACGACAGGAGCGAGCACAGCAGGGGCGAGAGUCCGAUGGCGCUGCAGGACUCGGCGGAUGAGCUGGAGGACGAUCAGGAGGCCGGCUACGAGGACGACGACGAUGGUGGCCGAGGGGACUGGCACGGGAGGGGCAAGCCGAUGCGCGGGAAGCUCUCGGCUCUCUACAAGCUGCGAGGAGCCCUGAGAGGAGGCAAACUCACCGGAAGACCCUACCGGGGCGGCCGAGGGGGUUACCGCGGCAAGUUCUGAGGGCCCCUCGCCCCCGACUCGGCGCUACCUCCGUCGAGUCUCCCCGGGAGGCGAACGUCGUCGGGACACCGACGCGGGAACGAAACUAUUAUAACCGAUACUUUUAUAUCACGUUGUACAGAAUUGCGAUUUUAUCGGAUCCACUCGGGCCCCGAGACGCGGCCGAGAGUAUUCGUCCCUCUUUCGACCCUCGAGGAACGUCCACGCGGGGGAGACGCGCUCGCGGCGACGUCCGUCCCGGGUCAUCGGGGCGGCGGAGCCCUCGGCCGUCCCGGCGAGGAACGCCUCGCCAACGUUUUCGAACCCAAAGCCGAGAGGUGGACGCGCUCGUUCGUCAAGGAACGCAAAGGAAACCUCACGUUUCGGUUGUGCGUUAUAAAUAGUUAUAAUUACGUAUCGCGUUAUCUGCUAUAGAACGCGGACGGGCGUCGGUCCAAAAUCCAGGCUGACGAGAAAAUGUAUCGGCGAGAGGGCGGUAUUUACGAAUAAAGACGUCGAUCC